AUGGCAAAGUCGACGUUGAACCCGAUGGAGACGUAUCGCCGCGAGCAGAAGAAGAAGGAGGUGAAGAAACACCGAGCAGAGCGGCAGAAGGAGAAGAAGGAGAAGCUGAAGUCUAUGGACUCAGUGGCGCUCAAGGAGCAGCUCAAGCUACUGGAGCGCCAAAUGGCUGUCAAUACCUCGACGGACGGUCCUAGUCGCAAGCGCAAGCAGGAGCUGGAGGACACGCUACGAGCGGUCGCAAAGAGGCAGAAAGAGAUGGAAGAAGAGAAAAACGAGCACAGGGAGAAGUUGACAGGCGCGUCAAUUCGACCGGCAAUGAGUAUGACGGAGUUGAUGCAGAGGAACAGGGAAAAGUUUGAGAACCCAGAGAAUUCGAUUUACUACCACCCGACACUGAAUCCGUUCGGAGCGCCGCCACCAGGAAAGCCGCAAAUGUACCGCCAUGCGCCGCAACCUGUCUGUCCAAUGGCUUUAUCUGGAAACAAUGGUCACGGGCGAUAUGGACAGGACCGGCACCCAGAACGUCCGCAGCAGCGGAAAUUCCUCGACGGACCACCGGUACCAAAGAUCGAGAGACGCUUUCAACGACCGCCACCAGCUAAGAUGCAACACCCGCGCGCUUCGGCGAUACGGCCUGGGAAGCGGCCGCCGCUGCCGCUUGAUCCCCCACCGCCAGGGACGAUUCAGGUGCCCUGUCGACCGCCACUACCGAGUGGGGCGAUUCCAGUUCGGCCGCCUCCUCCGCCACCUGCACUCACGCAGUCUACAGCAACGAUAUCGAUGCCUCCUGCAAUGUUGCUGCGACAGCCAGGUCAAGAGAUGUUGUCAUCCUUGGUACCUUCAGCGUCAACUGCAGCUGUCGAUGACGAUCAGCAGGAAGCAGCUGCAGCUGUCGAUGACGAUCAGCAGGAAGCAGCUGACGAAGACAAAGUUAUGGCUCUAUAUCCAGCGACAGACGAGCACGACACGAGAGACGAGCGAGUGGUGGACGAAGAUGCAGCUGAGAGACGCGCCCAAGUCUGCUCGCUGGUUCCAGUGGCUCUUCGGGUGCAUCGGCAGGUACCGCCAGUCACUCCAAGCAGCACUGCGAUCGUUGGCAGAGCUCCGUCCAUCUCUGCUCGAUGUCGUACCGUACCUGCACCUUGCACUUCCGUGCUUCAGCCAGCUUUGUCGAAAACGGGCAUCGCGCCUUCACUACCAAGACGUACGACGACGACCACGGCCACCGCAAACGUCUCCAUGUCAAAAGAGUAUGAUAGCUUUAUCGAGGACAUGAAGGAGCUGCUCUAA